AUGUCGUCUGACUACAACGCUCAUAAUAACUCUCACCCUUCUGACUUCAAUGAUGGGGCUGAGGUGAUCUUAACGGACGCUAACUUCAGGUUGGAGGACCGCUCAGGGAGGUCUACUCCAGAAAGUCAUAUCGGAUGCCAUGGAUGCUAUCAGUGGAAUUUCGGACAGUUCAAAUCCGAACCUUCAUCUCCAGACGAUGAGGAGGCAUUUCAGCUCGCAGAUGAGUUUCGAGCGGAACAACCAGAGCUAUUGGAAGCUCAAGGUGGCAAUCACAACAAUGCUGAUGCACCUCGUUCAAAGCGAAAGUGGUCUGAAGAUGAUGGGGGCGUGACUAACAUGGGGGCAACAUCAGUACCUAUUGUUGAGCUUCCGCCUAAAAAACGUACGAAGGUUGAAAGAAAAUUCGAGUCGUUUGAAGGGGAAUUGCUAGCCAAGAUGGCGGCCGUCAUGCAGGAAGUCGUGGGAUGCCGCGUUUCAAAGGGCCCAGCAUUGUCAAACUCAGGAUCUUGGCGCAUUGUUGAUGACGAAUUCAACAAUCAAGAAUUUUAUCACAACAUCAUUGACUAUCUGGAGCUUCCUCCAACGCCAGAAGCAGCGAAAGAAAUAAGUAGCUUUCGCGUCUUUACACUGCCUUUGAUUGAGUCACAGCGGGAAUUGAUCAAGACAUGUCUUGCACCCAAGCACGAAUCCGCUGAUUGGAUGAACAAGUUCUUGGACCGUCUCUGGCUCAUUUAUGAGCCUGUUCUUUCUGCUACUAUUGUCGCCUUUGUUGAUCAGAUGCUGAGCACCACUAUUCCUGCCUUCUCGGACUCCUUGCGCCUCACAACCUUCACCCUUGGGACGAAGACUUCCCGCAUAGACAAAGUUAGGACAUCUCCAAGGACUGCUAAUGAUGUCGCCAUGAUGGUUUGGGGAAUAUCAUUCAUUCCCAACCAUCGCAACCCCAAAAUUGUUCAAUCUGUUCGCCUGGGCAAAGGUCUUGCAACAGCCUUCAUGCCGAUUCCUGGUUUACAGACUUUCAUUCGGGAUAUAAUUCACUACACGCUCAGUCCCGUGAGCGUGUCGUUCACUGAUACAAUGGAAGAUCCGCCAAUUCUUCGACUAGUCAUACAUGUACGGGCAGCCCCAGAAAAGUCCGUGUGGUGUUACAUCGUGUAUACCGCUAAACCUCAUUCUCAGCCUCUUCAUGCGUAUGACCGAACAUUCCUCAAACAUCCGGCGUUCCCUAGCGAUCCAAAGGACCAUCAUCGCGCGCGCUUCAUCUGUCCAGGCCGGAGGCAGAGGGUAGGGUUGAAACGUCAACGUAAAUGUCACGUCGCGAGGCCUCGGCGCGACUCACAGAAGGUGCUCUGGGAUCUGUAG